AGGCAUGGGGGAGCCUGAUGAUUGGCCUCUUGACUGCUGGGCAGUAGCAGGUGCCAGGCUGCAGAGUGGACCUAAUGACAGAUGGACAGGGUGUGGGUACAGACACUCUGAGCAAUUCCUCUACAUCAGUCUUGAUAAUCAGACAGCCUUGGCCACUGGGAGGGGACAAAGGUCCGGAGAGGUGGCCCCAUCACAGCCAGAUACUGUUGACUCUCCUUGGACGCCAGACCUAGGAUAGCCUUUGGCUUCAGAGGACACAGCUCUCCCCUCUCCUUCCUAGCAACGUUCUCUGAGCCCCUCUUGGGUACCGGGUUUGGUGCUGAGUUCUGGGGACCCAGGAGAGUGUGCUGCCAAGAGGGGACACAGGCAUCUUCCCAACUCGCCACCACAGGCUCGGCCAGGCCAGCAUGGUGGACCACUUGCUUCCAGUGGGCGAGACCUUCUCGUCACCGAAAUGCCCAGUGCGUUACCUGGGUGAUAGGCUGGCCAGCCGACGGCCAUACCACAUGUUCCCCUCACCCGUCUCUGAGGAUGACAGCGAUGUCUCCAGCCCCUGCUCUUGUGCCAGCCCUGACUCGCAAGCCUUCUGUUCCUGCUACAGUGCAGGCCCAAGCCCUGAGGCCCAGGACAGCAUCUUGGAUUUCCUCCUGUCUCAGGCCACACUGGGCAGUGGUGGUGGUGGUGGCAGCGGGGGUGUCGGAAAUAGCAGUGGCCCUGUGACCUGGGGGUCGUGGAGAAGAGCCGCCGUGCCUGUGAAGGGGGAACAUUUCUGCUUCCCUGAAUUUCUGUCAGGGGAGCCUGAUGACGUCUCCAGGCCCUUCCAGCCUACCCUGGAGGAGAUUGAAGAAUUUUUGGAAGAAAACAUGGAGGUGGAGGUCAAGGAGACCCCAGAGAGCAGCAGCAGCAGCAGCAGCAGCAGCAGCAGCAGCAGCAGCAGCAGCAGCAGGGACCCGGAGGCGGGCAGCCAGCUCUCAGCUGGGUCACACCGGAGCCAUCUCCAUCCGGAGUCCAGUGGGAGAGAGCGCUGUACCCCACCACCAGGUGGCACUGGUGGGGGUGGUACCCAGGGUGCUGGUGAGGGGCCAGCACGUGACGGCCCCAUGCCGGUGUUGCUACAGAUCCAGCCCGUGGCUGUGAAGCAGGAGGCAGGUGCAGGGCCAGCCUCCCCAGGGCAGGCCCCAGAGAGCGUCAAGGUCGCCCAGCUCCUGGUCAACAUCCAGGGGCAGACCUUUGCACUCCUGCCUCAAGUGGUACCAUCCUCCAACUUGAACCUGCCUUCAAAGUUUGUGCGCAUCGCGCCUGUGCCCAUCGCCGCCAAACCCAUUGGCUCGGGAUCCCUAGGGUCGGGCCCUGCUGGCCUCCUUGUGGGCCAGAAGUUUUCCAAGAACCCUGCAGCAGAACUCCUCAAAAUGCACAAAUGCACUUUCCCAGGCUGCAGCAAGAUGUACACCAAGAGCAGCCACCUCAAGGCCCACCUGCGCCGGCACACGGGCGAGAAGCCCUUCGCCUGCACCUGGCCGGGCUGUGGCUGGAGGUUUUCCCGCUCAGAUGAGCUGUCACGGCACCGGCGAUCUCACUCGGGUGUGAAGCCGUACCAGUGUCCCGUGUGCGAGAAGAAGUUCGCGAGGAGUGACCACCUCUCCAAACACAUCAAGGUGCAUCGCUUCCCACGGAGCAGCCGGGCAGUGCGCACCAUCAACUGAGCGCAGUGGCCACCCCACCCUCCCCCAGCCCCACAUUUUGUUUUUAAAUGCAAUAACUUAUUGCCUCCUUCAGAAGGAUGUGACAAUAUUACCAGCCCCACCUCUGAAUCUUAGGAGGUGUGACCCAGAGCCGCCAUGGCUGCCUUUCCGGGGAGGACCUAGAGUCCCCAAGGUCCCUGGGGACUGGUUCCCUGGUGGCCCAGGUGGCCCAGGCAGGCCUGGACCCUUGUGCCUUUGUGCCUUCCUGCCAGCUGGAAGCAGUGUUGUGUGUGGGGGGUCUUGCCCUUCUCCCAUUGGGCUCCCUACCUGGGCCAAAGCCAACCUUACUGCUGGGGAAGAAGUGUUUUGGCUGUGUUGAAAUAGUAGUUCCCAGAGGAAGACAUGCUGGGAAAAAGGAAGUAGGUCAAAAGUGUAGGGCUUCACUGUGGUGUGAGGACCGCCAUAUGCAAGAGGUCUUCGAGGGUCCAGGAGGAUGGCCACCCUCGCUCUAGGCCGUAAUGCAUGUGCUUAAAUGCAAGACAAAUGGAGCCAUAUCCAUGUGUACCCAGCCUGGGUCACCCUCCUCCAGACACCAGCCUCCCUGUUGUGGGAGGAGAAGGGAACAGGGCUGGUGGAUGCAAAGCAACUAGCUAGUGCCUCCCAGUCUGACUUAGAUUUGCAUUCGUCGUCGAGUCUAGAAAUUAGCACCGAUUGAACUAGCUUGCUUUGACGGCUCUAUUUCACAUCCUAUGAAUGUAUGUAAACAAACUGUACAUAGGUACGCAUCUACAUAAAAUAUCUUUUAAUAACACGUUGACAUUUGUGUAAAUUUGAAAUUUAAAAAAUUCUAUAAAGUUGGUGUACAUAUGUUAUAAUUAUGUAUAUUUUCUUUGGUCCUUCAUAAAAAUAUAUUUACUUUGCCAAUAAAAAGAGGGGGAAAAAAAGAACUCGACUAUUCUUUAGUUUUUUUGAGACAGGGUUUCUCUGUGUAACCUUGGCUGUCUAGGAACUCACUCUGUAGACCAGGCUGGUCUCCAAUGCACACAGAUCCACCCGCCUCUGCCUCGUGAGUGCUGGGAUUAAAGGUGUGCGCCACCCAUGCCUGGCUAAACUCUUUCAUUCUUUGGCCCUGUAUUCCUCCACUGGCCUGGGGCAUGGGGGUGAUGCUGGGGCUCUCUGCUCCUUCCAGACCCCUCAGUGGGCUUUCCUUUCUCCAACCCAUGU